AUGGAACUCGUUGAACAUACGCAAUCCGCGAGCAAAGUAACUUCGAUAUCACGGAAGUUUUCUUCUUCUCCACUGCAUGCUUCAGAAUUAUGUAGUGCAGCAACACAAGUUUCUACAUCAGAAAAUGAAAGCAACAGGAAAUAUGAAAAUUGCGAACUUCUUAAAACUAAUGAAGUAUUACGCGGCAGAUAUAAGGUUGAAAGUAAAUUGGCUCGUGGUGGCUGUAGUCAAAUUUAUCGUGGUUAUGACUUGGUAAAAUGUAAACCGGUUGCAGUGAAAGUUGCAACAUCAAGAAUCGACCCUAGAAGAAUGAAAAUCGAGCAAAUUGUUCUUACUAUUUUGCGUGGAAAGAAUCAUUUUGUAUCCUUGAUUGGCAUGGGACAAAUUCGUGGAGCACCUUAUCUAAUAAUGGAACUUGUUGGUCAUAAUCUUUCUGAUAUACGAAGACGUUUACCUGGAAGACAUUUCCAGCCUAUUACAGUUUAUAGAAUAUCUAUGCAGGUAAUGAGUGCACUACACGAUCUUCAUAGCUUUGGUUUCUUGCACCGUGACAUCAAGCCAUCAAACCUGUGCAUUGGUAGAGGCAUUAAUAGACGUAUGAUUUAUCUCGUAGAUUACGGAAUGGCAAGAAUGUUUAUGGAAAUUGAUGGUAGAGCACGAUCACCGCGUAAACAUGUUGGUUUUCGUGGUACACCUCAUUAUGUAUCUUUGGCAGUACAUUCACGUCGUGAAACAGGUCCUUGUGAUGACUUGAUUGGAUGGUUUUAUUCCAUGGUAUUUGCAGUUGAGUUGAUCAAUGGAAAAUUACCAUGGAGCAAUUUCAAAUCUAUCAAGGAUAUUGAAAUUUCCAAAAAAAAGGAAGGUUUAGAAAGCUUGUGCAAGAAUCAUCCAAAAACCUCUUUGGAAUUCGUCAAGUUAAGUGAAAUUUAA